ACUAUCAAUUCUAAAUCCAGUCCUGUUCUUGAAAAUGGUAAUGGAAGGCAUAAUUUCACUGACAAGCCUGAAGCCCUGGAGCAGCACAGUUCCAUCCCAACAACAUACUGCCUACUCUGCUAAACCCUUAGAUACUAGUCCGUUUCCUCACAAUCCAGACAUCAAUGAUAGAAUAAUUUUUUGGGAAGGUGAUAUAACAACACUUCAGGUGGAUGCAAUUGUGCAUUCAGCCUGUGAAUCAAUGACGGUGUGGUCGUCAAUGAGCAACAGACUUCUUGGUAAAGCAGGAUUUGGAUUGCGUGAAGAAUUAAAUAAUGCUGUGUGCCAUCCUGGGGAGGUGAUUCUAACAUCAGGCCAUAAUCUUCCCGCAAGAGCCAUAAUUCAUACUGUUGGUCCUACUUAUAAUAUUCGUUAUCAAUCAGCCGCUCAAAGCACUCUACAUUUGUGUUAUAGAAAUGUUUUACAGAAAGCAUAUGAUAUGAAUUUCUCUUCAAUCGCUAUUAGUCCCAUAAAUUCUGUUCGUUUAAAUUUUCCUCCUGACGAAGGAGCCCACAUAGCUUUACGAACCAUCAGACGCUUUCUUGAGAGACAAGAAGAAUGUGGACGAAUAGUCCUUAAAACAGUAGUAAUAGUUACUGAAUCUGUUGAUACUAAUAUUUACGAAGUCUUGCUCCCAAUCUACUUUCCUCGGUCAGUAGAGGAAGAAAUCUUAGCCCGGCUACAGUUGACUCCAGACGCUAUCGGAGGACCAGCUGGCGAGCCCAUUCAUCCUGAUCGGCAAAUUCGCAUCAUAGACAAUCCUCAUCACCAACUCAGUGAAGAGACGACAGUGGUGGACUUAACAGACGGAGGGACAUUCACCCAAAUGCAGGGGGACCUGGAUCAACAAAGGCUGCUCGGAGAGCGGCCGCCCCUUCCCACGAUAGACCAGUGCCUAGUACGUGAUAUUCACAACAAAGAAAGGUACGAGCGAUUACUUCGCCGAGCCAAAACCGAGGACCUGUCAGAAGUAUCGGGUAUCGGCUGCCUUUACAGAUGCGGCAGCGAUCGUUUAGGCCGUCCAGUCAUUGUUUUCGUUGGAAAAUGGUUUCGCUUCAAAGAAAUCAACCUCGAAAAGGCGCUUUUGUACUUAAUUUAUUUGUUGGAUCCUUUGGUCAAAGGAGAUUAUGUCAUCGCUUAUUUUCACACCAUGACUUCCAGUGCAAACUAUCCCACAUUUUAUUGGCUCAAGGAAGUCUAUAAUGUUUUACCCUACAAAUAUAAGAAGAACCUGAAGUCAUUUUACAUCGUUCAUCCCACAUUUUGGACAAAAAUGAUGACAUGGUGGUUCACAACUUUUAUGGCACCUGCAAUCAAGCAGAAAGUUGUCAACUUACCCGGUGUAGAAUAUUUGUACAGUGUGAUUAGUCCUAACCAACUUGAGAUUCCUGCCUUCAUUACAGAGUAUGAUAUGACGAUCAAUGGUAUCAGAUAUGCCAACCAGUAACGCAGUUCUCCAGAGCCUUCACUGACCGAGACUCGGCUUUUUCCACUCAUUGGAUACAGCUGAAUGACGACUGUUUUGAUAAAUUUUUUUGCUAACCGUGCAAGUAUUUUAAUGCAGUCUUUUGGACUGGCUUACUGAAGGGAAGGUUCUGGCAAGAGAGUCAUGACUGCUGUAUUUUAAAAGUAUUUACUCGAAUGCGCUCAUCUAUAUUAUACAAGAUUGCCGAGCUUUCUAGUGUUGCAAGUCCUGCUGUUUUAGGCACAGUGCUGCACUGUUAUCAAUAGGCUGUUAUUUAUUUUAACUAUUGUAAGUUUCAUCAUAAUUUCAUGCAUGUAUCCCAUUCAUAUGAACACAUAAUAGUACAGCCAUGCCAGUACUAUUAAGGUUGCCAAAAAAGGAGUAAGAGCUAUUUUUAUCGUGUAAAUUAUUACAGUAAGCAAUAUUAUUCUGCGAGGAAAAAUCACCUGAUUUGACUUUUUUGUUCAAGAAUUUUGAUGAUUUCUCCUGUUCGCGGUUUUUGAUACUGAUGAGAAUGACGAUUUGUAUGAGGCUGUGUUCCAAACUAGACCUGCAAAUUAAGGUAGAAGUAGCAGGGUAAAAGCCAAUCUGAUGGCAUCAUGUAAUGGGAGAUUAGCAAUAGAGUGACAACUUCAUUCUCUCCUUUUGCCUAUGCCAACUUGAAGUCCCACUCAAAAUUUGGUUUUCCUGAAAAAUUACCUGUAACUUUCAAAUUCGGAAGCACAUCAUUUUUAUCUAGACCUCUCGGAUACUGUAAUACAAGAAAAAAUAACCCUAUUUACUUAAACGUUGAACUGAAGAUUGAGUCAGUUUAAUCAAACAUGUUAACGUUGAAACCAUGUGGUGGUACUCAUAGUCCUAAUAAAAUUUCCGCCACAAAGGACAUUGCUGAUGCAGCCCAACAAUUUCUAAUAGGAUCACUCACUUGGUGGUAGCCUCCCAGCUGCUCGUUUCUGCAUUUAAGCAUUUGAAGCUCAAACCUAAAGUUCGACUUAGGCACAAGUUUUCAAUGUGGAGUCAUUCGUCUCGACAGGAACAUGAUUUUUAAGCCUCACUACAGAAACAUUUUUGUAUAACAUUGGACCUAACUUAAACAGUCCGUAAAAAAAAUUACAAGUUUAAUAAUAGGGAUAUCACCAAACAUCACCGAAAAUUAAAAUAGAGUUUGGUUCAAACAUCUCUUCAUGAGUUUUCCUGUUAAUAAUCUCUCUCAUCUGAAACAUUCUACUUUUCACGUAGUAGUAAAGAAGUUCCAAGGAAAAAUGGUAAAAUGUCUCCUGACAUUUUGUACUAAAUGUGAAUCCUGCUCCCCUCUUUUUUAAAUACCUCAGAAAUGCAUCCUCGCAGAAUGUAAACUCAUUUUGUAAGUGUUUGAGGAUGGUGAGAGAAAAUGUAAGUGGAGUGUCGAAGGAAGCACAUUCAUUAAACAAUUCACCACCUAAAUAGGCAGUUGUAAAGUUAGUGUAUCAUAGGAAAAAUUCCUUAAAUGUUCAAUUUGUCAACGCAUUGAUGUUUUUCUUCCGUAUUCUGUAACUUGUAACUGAUCUUUUAAAUUGAAGCAAGCAUAAUGCAUUUUCUCUUCCAUUCAAAGAAACAUAAGUGCACUGAUAUCAUUCUCACCGGUUGUUCAAAUUUUCAUGCUUAUUUGUCUCAAAAUGAAUAGUUUUUUUAAAUGUUCUCUCUCGAUUGCCUGAUUUCCCCAAUGAAUUUUUGGUUUUUCCUCUGAGAUUAUCUAAACUUAUUGGAAUUUCUGUAAAAUUUUGGGAACCUUGUCGAUUUUUAUAACUAAUUUGAUUCUUUUGUAUCGCUCCCUUGCCCCUGUUUUUUGCUGCCCUCAAAUUUUUAAUGUUAAUAUUACUGCUACUAUCGUCAGUAUAAUUUUAGUUCUUAAUUAUAAAUCAUGUAUAUUUAAUUAGUAACUAAGCAAGCGCAAAGAAGGUAUUAAAGAAGAGAAUUAUAAAAUUGUUAUACAAUUGCAUUGUUAUUUUUAAAAUUGUUGCUGUUAAGUAUUGAAUCAUUAUGAAUUAUGAGUAAAUAAUAUGGAAUGAUAA